AUGGUCCAUGACCCAUGCCUUAUGGAUCUGGGCCACUGUGCUGAAAUUGCAGCACUCAUGAACUUCUCCACGCCUGCAGAGGAUGUCGUUUUCUUCGAACAACUCUACAGAGCCUGGUGUCAUAACCCUGUUGCCCUACUCGCCCUGUGUCUUCUCACGCAGAACUACUCGCACUGUCGUCUCCUCAUCAAGUGCCUCCUUUCCUCUUCCAUUUUAUCAUUCCCUAACUACCGCUGCGUCUACCUACUCAGAGGUGAACUGGCCGUGUCUGUGGAGAUGCUUGUGGAGAUGGACCAGCUGAUUCAACUAAUCGAGUCGCCAGUGUUUGCCAAAGCUUUCGAGACCCUGCGACGUCGACUUCAGUGCCUUCCCAGUUACACUCUGUCCGAUUCCACCAGAGAAUCGGAACAGCUCUGCGCCAACCCGCCCGGCACUGACUUUGACAGCCUGCUGAAGCACUUUCAGGCAGUACAGAAACGUCAUAGCGCAUGCUGUCUUAGCUUAUAUCAGGUAACGGAUUCCGAUGUCAGCGCUAUGCGCGCAUUUUCGCCGAGAGCUGAUGUUGCCUACCCUCCGCUUGCCGGCUCCAACGACUCGGGGGGCAUUCAAAACGACAGCAAGAGGAUUCAAUUUUCUCUUCUUCCCCAGGGCUCCCAAGCCAAUUCCAAUUCUACAGCCUUUCUUAUUCAGGCGUUGGAAAAAUUGGGUAUCAAUGUGUCUCCGCCAAGCUCUCAACCUGGUUAA